AGAAUAACUAGGUAGAACUGCUACUAAUAGCGUAAUUAGCCUAUAACAGUACGAAAUUAGUAACGACGAAGUAUUCGCCGUACUACGCGAACUACGGAUAUAAGCUAACUACUUACUAGGAUCUAAAGGAUAUUGAAAGUAUCGCGGUAGGAGUAGACGAUAAAGCGAAGCUUAUGCGAGAAUUGUAUAAAGAAUUAAGUAUGCGAAUCCACCCUAUCUUUUAUAAGAAACUCUUAGAACUAGCACCUCUAGAUGCUAAGCUAGUAACGGAUAUAGAGCUUAAAGACGACGAGUAUAAGGUCGAGAAAAUUAAGGACCUGCAGAAA